UACAUAUUCACGCAAUAAUUAAAGUCCCUCUCGCCUCAAGGAAAAAACAAAGUAGGAUUAAGCACCAUUACUUUUCAAGAGGUCAUUGGCAAACCACACUCUAACUCUACAAAAGCAAGGAAAAGGAGUCGCAUAAUCAUUUCCAACAUCUGAACUCAUUUUAUUGCUACCUAUGCCGAUCAUCAGAAGCGUUACAAGAGAAUAUAUUGGCAAGCCUAUAAGAUGCAAAGCUGCAAUAAGCAGAAAAUCAGGUGAACCUCUUGUUAUAGAAGAAAUUGAGUUAGAGCCACCAAAAUCAUGGGAAGUAAGGAUCAAAAUUUUGUACACAUCUUUGUGCCAUUCUGAUGUCACUUUUUGGAAAAUGAAUCCUUCUUCACCUGCUGCUAUGUUUCCAAGAAUUCUCGGACACGAAGCCGUCGGGGUUGUGGAGAGUGUAGGAGAACAUGUUGAAGAAGUGAAAGAAGGAGAUUUAGUUGUGCCGGUGUUUCUACCAAACUGUGGAGAAUGCAGAGAUUGUGAGAGUCCAAAAAGCAACAACUGCAGCAAGUUUGGAAACGAACGAACCGUUGACAUGCCAAGAGAUGGAACAAGUAGGUUUAGGGACAUGAAUGGAGAAGUGGUGCAUAAUCUAUUUGGUAUCAGCAGUUUCUCUGAGUACACAGUGGUUGAUGUAACACAUGUGGUUAAAAUUCGUCAUGAUUUUCCUCUUGAUAAGGCUUGUUUGCUCAGUUGCGGUGUUUCCACAGGGGUAGGGGCGGUGUGGAAAGUGGCUGAUGUAGAAAAAGGGUCCACAGUUGCUGUUUUUGGCCUUGGUGCUGUUGGUCUAGCUGUAGCUAUAGCAGCAAAGCAAAGAGGAGCUUCGAAGAUUAUAGGCGUCGAUCUAAAUGAGGACAAAUUUGAAAUAGGAAAACGAUUUGGAAUAACUGAUUUCGUGAAUCCUUCCACUUGCAAAGACAAGUCUGUGAGCGAGGUGAUUAAGGGUAUGACAAAUGGAGGUGCUGAUUAUUGCUUCGAGUGCAUAGGCCUAGCAUCAUUAAUGGAAGAGGCUUUCAAUAGCAGCAGAGAAGGUUGGGGGAAGACAGUGAUAAUAGGUGUGGAAAUGCACGGUUCGCCAUUGACUUUAAGUCCUUAUGACAUACUGAAAGGAAAAACUAUCACUGGAUCACUAUUUGGAGGUUUGAAACCAAAAUCUGAUAUUCCCCUACUUGCUCAAAAGUAUUUAGACAAUGAACUUAACUUGGAUGGUUUCAUAACACAAGAGGUGGACUUCAAAGAUAUUAACAAAGCUUUUGAUUAUUUACAACAAGGAAUGAGCAUUCGUUGCAUUAUAAGGAUGGAUCAUUAACUAACUAGACAACAUUUCCUUGUUACCUCAAAACUAUGUCUUUCCUUUAUUUCCAACAUAUGAUAGUAAAUAUUUUUCAUAAUAAAAUUUUAAAAAUAAACAACUUUAUAAAUAAAUUGGUGGUAGUUUAUCACAA